AUGGAGCCCGGGUGCCCUGAGCUGCUGGAGCCCCCAGAAGAUAUCUUCUCAACAGGAUCCUUCCUGGAGCUGGGACUCAACUGUCCUCCGUCAAAGGUCCUGCUAGCUGGGCUUCAGGAACAGGGGCUGCGAGACUGGGAGAUAAGUAGGGAUUGUGGCGGCGGAGACCUUCAGAAGAGUGAACCUGACGAUUUCCUGAACCUCCUCAUUGAUCCCAAUAUGGUAUACUGCUCAGAAACGUCUCCUGGUAGUGACAGUGGUGUCUCUGAAGAGCCUAGCUCCCCUGCCCCACAGGCUCCCGGUUCCCCUGCCCUCUAUGAGGUUGUCUAUGAGGCAGGGGCCUUGCAGAGCACUCAGCGGGAAGCAGGGCCAACCUUCGGACUCAUCUCCAUCCAGAUAGAUCAGUGGAGCCCUGCAUUGAUGGUGCCUGAUGCCUGCACAGUCAGUGGGCUACCCUCAGAUGCGCAUAGACAUAUCCUGCCUAAAGCUAGUGCCAUAGCUCCAGCGCCUCCUGCUGCCCUGCUGUCCUGCCCACGCCUGUUCCUGACAGAUGAAGAGAAGCAUCUGCUGGGGCAAGAAGGGGUUUCUCUGCCCUCUCACCUGCCCCUCACUAAGGCAGAGGAGCGAGUACUCAAGAAGAUCAGGAGGAAAAUCCGCAACAAGCAGUCAGCUCAGGACAGCCGUCGGCGGAGGAAAGAAUACAUAGAUGGACUGGAGAGCAGAGUGGCAGCCUGUUCUGCACAGAAUCAGGAACUACAGAGAAAAGUCCAGGAGCUGGAGAGACAGAACACCUCCUUGGUGGCGCAGGUCCACCAGUUACAGAUGCUCACUGCUCAGACCUCCAGCAGAGCUGCCCAGACCAGUACCUGUGUUCUGAUUCUUCUCUUUUCGCUGGCUCUCAUCAUCCUGCCCAGCUUCAGCCCCUUUCAGGGUCAACCAGAAGCGAGGCCUAAGGGUUAUCAGCCUCACGGAGUGAUCUCCAGAAAUAUCUUGACUCACAAGGACAUGACAGAAAGCCCAGAGAUUCCAGUGGUAAAGGCUGAACUGGAGGAGCUACAUGAAGUCCCACCUGCAAACAGCUCAGCAAAGAUGCAGUUAAAGCUGGGGACGAAGGCUAGACCCACUGGGCACAUCAGGGGAAUGCUGCACGCAGAUGAGAUGUAAGCUGAACACUUCCCAGUCACACAAGAACCCACACAGGCUUCCCUCACUCUCAUCUGAAAUUCCCAUAUAGGUGUCCAUACCCCUGGAGUUCUAACUCACUCAGGAUACCCUAGCUUUCUGUCCACAAAGGCCAAGUUUGCGUCUAUGGCAGGGCACCUCAUAUAU